AUGAGCUCGCUGUUGACCUCGAAACAAGCCGAAGAACUCCACAAGGGCAUCGUCGCCUAUCUAAUAUCGACCGGCCAUGCAGAUGCCGCGCAGGGCGUACGCGAUGCAGUACGUUUAUCAGAAACCGAAUUCGAUGCCAGCACUGCGAAGCGAUACGAGGGGCUCAUCGAGAAGAAAUGGACGGGCUUGGUGCGGCUGCAGAAAAAGAUCAUGGACCUGGAAACCAAAUGCCAGCAGCUACAGCAUGAGUUAGACAACGCGACACCAUCCAGCCUUGCGGCGCGAAAGAACCACGAUCCUCAGACGUGGCUCCCACGAGCGCCGGCGCGUCACACAUUACAGAGCCACCGCAGCCCAAUUACAUGCGUCGCAUUCCACCCACUAUUCUCCAGCUUGGCGUCAGGCAGCGAAGAUUGCACGAUAAAGAUAUGGGAUUAUGAACUGGGCGAGCUGGAGCGGACGUUGAAGAGCCAUACCAAAGCCGUCCUGGACGUCGACUUUGGUGGGCCCAGAGGUAAUACUCUCCUCGCCAGCUGCAGUAGCGACCUGACCAUAAAGUUGUGGGAUCCCGCAGAAGAAUAUAAGAAUAUACGGACUCUGCCAGGUCACGACCACAGUGUGAGCUCGGUGCGGUUCAUACCAUCAGGAGCAGCAGGUGCACCACUCUCUGGCAACCUCCUGGCAAGUGCAAGCAGAGACAAGACAAUACGAAUAUGGGAUGUGACGACGGGGUACUGUUUAAGAACCCUGCGAGGACACGGUGACUGGGUGAGAUCGCUUGCGCCGACCAUCGACGGACGCUGGCUGCUCUCCACUUCCUCCGACCAGACGGCACGGAUGUGGGAUUUGUCGCAACCUGACUCGAAUGCGCAAAAGCAGACUUUCAUCGCGCAUGAACACGUCGUCGAAUGCUGCGCCUUUGCUCCUCCUGCAGCAUAUCAGCAUUUAGCGACAUUGGCUGGGUUGAAGAAAGCGCCACCAGCCAGCAGUAGUGCUGAGUUCCUCGCGACUGGCGGCAGAGACAAGCUUGUCAAGGUACAUACAGCCAAUGGUGUAUGCAUCAAGACACUUACCGGACACGACAACUGGAUACGAAGCUUGGUGUUUCAUCCUGGUGGAAAGUAUUUGCUAUCCUGCAGUGACGACAAAACCAUAAGAUGCUGGGACUUGGCGCAAGAAGGCAAAUGUGUGCGUGUGGUAGAGGCUGCAGAUCAUUUCGUCUCCUGCCUACGCUGGGCCCCAAGCUUAUUCAAGGAGGCUGCGGAAACGAAUGGAUCUGCGACAGCUUUGACGAACGGAAGCAAAGAUGAGGCAAAGGAGCAAAUACGGUGCCUCAUUGCAUGCGGGAGCGUUGACUUGAAUGUGCGCGUCUUUAGCGCAUGA